AAAGACAUACAAAAACUUUUACGUGCCAAACCAAAAAAAUAUAUUUUUUUCACUUUGAAUACCCAAACAAGAGACAAAAAAUGAUGAUGAAGAAACAAUUGAUACUUGGGGUGAUUUUGCUCGGGCUCUUUAUGAUUUUCUUGAACACCACACAAGUCGAAGCUGCUAGACCCGAUGGUGAGAUCCGAUUCGUGUUCCAGUUGCUGCAACGGGGUCAGGUUCCAGGGUCAGGUCCAAACGGUUGCACAAACAUCCCAGGAGGUUCGGGCACGUGCCGCCCGUGAGUCGUCACGUCAUGAG